CGUGAUUCGAAUUGUCGGUUCAGGUUAGUUGAUUUCGUUCAGUCUAUUGGGUCAUUUCCGUUUACCGGCGCCCGCUGGAUACAUACAUACAGUGCGAUCAUUUGAAGAGGAAUUAAAAAAAAUCAGCCAAUCACUUUUUUGAAGCGUGGCAGUUCUGGUGCGAAAACUGACGACAUGGAGAACCAAGUUUUGGAUCGAUUGUCCUCUUUAAGCAUUAUUGUUGACGAUGUUGACGCGAAAGGACUCAACUCUAGCAAGGACAAGAAUGAAGUGACUUCGAAGGAUGAAGGAGCGCAAGAAAGAAUAAGGUUUUCUCCGGAAAUUCAGAAACAGAUCCAAUGGACCCAAAAUCCCUAUCCCAAACACGUUUUAAUGGCAGCCUCUGCAAAAAUCAUGAAUGAUGCAGCUCGACGAAAAAAGAACUUUUCCAAAUUGAUUGAUGAACACGAAGCUCUAGUCAAGUACGUCGCCAAAAUGGAAGAAGAAAACAGUUCCCUGAGCUCAAUAUGCAAAAUGACGCAGUCAACAAUUGUGACAUAGUUCGAGAAUUGUUCUGGAAUUGUGCAUUGUACAUGGUUGACUGAAACUGUUCAUGUUUGACAUGUUUGGAAGGAUGAUUGUACCGUCUAUGGUAUAAAAGAUUUGAAAAAUAUUGUGCUUUCUGUGACUUCAGUUUUGUACAGCAUGAUUUAGCGAUUCAAUAAUAAUAACAACCUGUGGGUAUAAUCAUCCUCCAUUUUCUCACUCUUAGGGUAGGCUUUGUCAACAACUAGAGAUAAGUAUAUUUAUUUUUGAAAUCAUUCUUGCCAGCAAUGCUCAAUUAUUGGCAUUUCAAAGACUGCUCGUCAUAUGAUGUGAUUCAGAAAUUCGAAAUUCAGUUUCUUCAAAAACCAUUUUCACAAUCAGUUCUUGAUUCUUUAUUAGAUAAAUGAUGAAACUAUGAUUUAAUUGGCAUCCAGAUUAGUCGAACUUUUGUAUUGAUUGAUUUUGAGUAACAUGCACUGUUUGAUGUAUCAGGUCAUCAAGUGGAUAUAUUAUUGAUUUGUUUACAUGAAUAGCGACUUUACUAUGUGUUUAGAUCCUUAAGUUCAAUUUGGAACAUCAGUUUCAUGUUAUAUUUUCGAGGGCGAACAAUAAAUAUUUUAAUAACACUAA